AAGCAACGGUGGCGGAGCUCGAGUUCAGGAUGCCGAGCUCUGAAAACACUCACGAAGUCACGCGCCUCUUCUAGUCUGCACAACAGGACAGACAUUCCUCAUAACAGCGGGAAAAGUCUAACUCUGUAUCUGCUGCUUUUACCUUAUUUUUGAGCGGAGUAGGACACGUAAGAGUACUAACGUCAGUCAGAGGCGCGAACUGCUCAGACUCCCCAUCAAGAAGAGAAAUGAUGCUGACGAGCAAGUGAAAUGAUGUCUGUCUUCAUCAUGCUUGCACUGCUUGUGAUUUUUAUUGCCGUUUCACAAGGCCUUGCAGAUUUGAAUCCUUCUGAUGGAGUCAGCGAUGGUGUUUACGAAGACCUGAAGUGGAAAGCUCUCCUGUGUUGUGAUCAUCCUGUUCAGACGCUUAACAGUGGUCUUUCAGAACACCCACCCGAACAACACUGCCAACUGCUAAAUGCUACAAAACAACAGUCUUUUGGAAGCUGUUUGGACAUCCUGUGCUGGCUUGAAGGUGAACGGGAAAAUUUGAUUUGUAAUGCAAAGACCCGUAGAGCAGCAGCAGCUUCCACUCUGGUCAGCGUCAGCCCUCAUCAAUUAGUUGUACAGAUGGAUGUACAUUCAGAUGAAGCAAAUUCCACUGCUCAGUGUGUUGGAGAAGAGACUGCCAUCUGCUCCGUUUCUCUUCACGGCGGGGAUGCAACAGUCUCAUUAGUUAUAAUUAUAUCUGAGAAUGGGACCACUGCACAAUCACAGAAGAUGCAAGUCAGCACAUAUGAACUACAAAGACCUGGCGCACCUGUCAAUCUGCAUUACAAUGUGACGACAGAAGGGGAAGUUAUAUUCAGGUGGACCGGCACACAACCUGACAACAACACUAUAAACUAUGAGAUCCAAUACUCAUCCAAUUCCUUGCUUCAGCAGUGGAAGGUAUUGAAGGUCAAAGGUCGUUCAUGGGUUGCUCUGAAUGAGCUCAGUUCUGACAUCAGAUACACGGUUCAAGUGCGCUGCCAAAACCAUCUCGGCUACUGGAGUGAAUGGAGCCAACCUUUCUAUUUCAAACUAGAUGUCAGUUACAUCCCUGCUGAAGUCUUCACAACGCAGGAGUCAGAGGUGACAGUUUACUCUGUGUUCCACAACCGCAGCUGGAGCGCCAGUAAAGCCGUGUGGUUUCUGAACGGCAAGAUGAAGAUACCAGAAAGCCAGUACAGAGUCAUCAAUGAGCAGGUCAGCACAGUCACUCUAAAGAUGGACAAAGCAGGAUUUGACACUCUGAUGUGCUGCCUCACAUUGGGAGAGAAAUCUAUGUGCUCCAUCGCCUAUGCCAAAAUAUACACAGAAGGAAGGUUUAACGCAAAUAUUACCUGCGAAAGCGAGUAUUCAUAUGUGGACACCAUGAUCUGUAAGUGGAAUCAGAGCAAUUGGGCACAGGCCAGACUCCUUUACAGACAAUACAGAUCAAAGUGCACUGAAGAAGCUGAAGAAGACACGUCUUUGGUGAAAGAGUGUCCAUCUAAAGCAGGAGAUCACAGACAGUGCACCUUAAGCCAAAUCAGCAUGAUCUUUUGCUAUAAAUUCUGGCUUGAAGUGGAAGGAGGACGUGGCCAAUCGUUUCCUGUCUACGUUACGCCUAUUGACUAUGUGAAACCGUCACCUCCCUUUGAUCUGGAGGCAAUCACUCUGCCGAGUAAAACCCUGAGUGUAAGGUGGAAACGCCCCUCUUUGCCUGUAUACGGCAUGCAGUACGAGCUGCAAUUCAAGGCUUUGGCUGGAAUGGCAAAUACGCAAUGGAAGGUCAUUGGUCCUCUAUUGGAACCACAGGCAGAGAUUCAGCUUGAGGAGUCCUGUGUUCACUUUAAAGUAGAAGUUCGCUGUAAAGACGUGAACGACACUGGAUACUGGAGCGACUGGAGCAAUAGUCACAUUUCCACUGUUUUCAACUUGAAAGCACCAGAGAUGGGACCAGACUUCUGGCGCAUUUUACAAGAGGAUCCUACUAGGAAUGUGACAAACGUUACACUGAUCUUUAAGCAGCCCAUUCUAGCAGGAGAUCCAAAUAGCUGCGUGGAGGGUUUAGUGAUUAAACACCAGGCCUCAGGUGGAGUCAUGUGGUCAAAUGAAACAACCUUGGCUCGGUUUCACUCAUUCCAGUGGAGGAAGGAAGCGCAUACAGUCACUGUGAUGUCUCGCAACGCUUUGGGCAUUUCCACAUGGAACAGAAACAUCACGCUCUUACGUCAAGCCAAACGGCGAUGUGUGCGUUCGUUCAGUGCAGUUGCAAAUGUGAGCUGUGUGCACCUCUCCUGGAGCCUGUUAUCUGAUCAGCCGGUGCCUCAGUCAUUUGUUAUUGAAUGGUUAGACCUGAACAAAGACCCCGAAAAGGAUGUGUCUCUCACAGAAAGAAUACAGUGGGUCAGGGUUGAGUCCAGAUCGAGAGAUCUUUCUCUUUGCCGUCGUUUUUAUGGCUCAGAGGAGUUCACCUUGUAUCCAGUGUUUGCGGAUGGUGAAGGGGAACCGGCUCGAUACACAGCUACAAGGGGUGAUCCUGCAGCGUAUAUACUGCUACUGAUCAUCGCCUUCCUGUCAGUGGUGCUGUUUGUCACACUGAUGAUGUCACAGAACCAGAUGAAAAAACUCAUGUGGAAGGAUGUUCCAAAUCCCAACAAGUGCUCUUGGGCCAAAGGAAUGGACUUCAGGCAGAUUGACACCAUGGAGAGCCUGUUCCCUCAUUCAGAGGGUCUCACUGCCUGUCCAUUGCUGCUUGUCUCCGAGAGCAUCUGUGAGGUUGAAAUCAUCGAGAAACCUCAUCCUCUUACCAUUGAAAACGUAAAAGACAAUGAAGAACUUCCCUCCGGGGACAAGACAACCACAGACUCUGGCCUUCAGGGAGACUCUUCUGAAGCUCUGGAAGCAUCUACUGCUGCUCCCACUCCAGAAACAUCAGGCCAGUCUUCAGUCACGUACUCCACCAUCCUCCUCUCCGACCAGCCCAGCCAACUCCAAAAGCAGCAGGAGAGUCUCAGCAGCUCCAGUGACGAAGGCAACUUCUCUGCCAACAACUCGGACAUUUCCGGCUCCUUCCCUGGAGGACUUUGGGACUUGGAGAACAGCAAUCCUCGCCAUUCCAGCUCCUACAACUCUGUGGAGGAGUUUUCGGAAACAUCAGAACCUGAUUAUGAAGCUUCGGAAAACACAGGUUUAGCUAAAGACCUCUAUUACCUCGAGAUGACCGGAGAGGAGAAAGAAGAAGAAGAAGAAGAAGAAGAAGAAGAAGAAGAAGAAGACGAACCAGAGGAGGGUCAAAGUAAGAAUAAAAGAGUGAUGGGUGUAAACCCCAGGCCUCUACUGGAAAGCCAAAAUUCCACAGCCAGCAAUUCCAAUAACAUGUCUCACAGCAUUCCUCUUUAUCUGCCUCAGUUUCGAAGUGAAUGUAUCAAUCCAACGUGAAAUAUUGAGUGGAGAGCAGCACCAUCUUGUGGUAACUUGAGAUAAUAUUGUUCUUCACUGGAUGGA